AUGGCCGCCGUGGCAAGAUCCGUCUGGGCCGCCCCGGCGCUGAUGGUGGCGCUGCUGCUGGUAUUCGCCGCCAGAGCCGCCGUUGGAGGCUCCGCGUGCGACGGGAAGAAGUGCGGCAUGGGCACCUGCAAGGAGGUGCCGGCGGUCCCGCCCCUGCCACCGUUGCCCACGCCCUUCGACUUUGAAUGCGACUGCUUCCCCGGGUGGUCUCGGGUCGGCAUCUUCCUGCCCACCUUGCCCUGCUACAUCCCUUCCUGUAUCUCGCCUAUCGUCUGCUACACCCCUGCCAUUAAGCAGCCACCGUUGGGCGGCAACGUAACAGCUAACCCCUGCCUAGUAAUGGACUGUGGCCCGGAAGGCACGUGCGUGAUGGAUGACAGCCCCAAUUUCCACUGCAAGUGCAACCUAGGCGCCACCAAUGUGCUCAACAGGCCUUCCUACCCUUGCAUCAAGAACUGUAAGAUCGAUCCGCAUCUCUAUAGAGACGGGAAGAUUGAGGAAUGCAGCAUUGUCCUCCUUUUGAUUCGUUUGGAUUUUGUUGCUCAUGUGUGUAGGUGUCAUUGGAGAGGACGGCUGCCCGAUUCCGCCACCAAGCCCUCCGCCGUCGCCCCCGCUCCCGCCAAGCCCUCCGCCGCCAGUCCCGCUCUUGCCGAGCUUUCCGCCGCUGUCCCUGCUCCCACUGAGCCCCCCGCCGCCGCCGCCGCCCCCGUUGCCGUCCUCGUCUACGGCACCACCUGGCGCUUUUCUGUUGCAGCUGCUGGCCUCCCUCGCAGCGCUUCACCUAGUGUGACGGGGUGGCAAACGUGUCGAGACUCAGUUUUACUUGUAGCACCGAGCUGUUGCUAAGUAUUAUUGUACAUGUAUGGUGUAUACUUGUACAACUGUUACUUCUUGCGUGCUGCUGAAGUUCACAAUGACAUAGCACAAUUAGAUGCCUGAAACACAAUCCACACAUCAAUUCUCAUGCACUCAACACAAUUCACUUCACCCCCGAGCUGAAACAAAGCAAGCAAAUCGAGAACAAGCUUAGCUGCAUCAAUGUCUGAAAACUUGUUUAUUUCGGAACAAAUACCAGCAUGAACAGUUGAACGUCGAUGCCGUAUGAACGCACUGGUAGUGGUUUCUGGUUGCAGUUAGACUGAUGUCCAUUUCUCUGUCUCUCUAGACUCUGACUGACUUAUGAAGAAGCUAUACUCUGAUGUAUGUAAUGUAAUGGUAUUGGUAGCUGAGCAGAAAAAGCAAUAGACGACGUAGUACAACAUUUCCAAGACUGCCACGUAUCUACGUACAUACAGACCUAAAGAGUAGAUGACCCUUCUUC